AUGCGCGCUUGCUUUGCCUGGCAAGCGAAGCUCAAAAGGUCAACGCGAUGGAUGAGAGGCGAGAGCGCUCCGUGGGUGCACGGCAUUUGGUUCAUGCGGCUGUGCAGGCGUUGUCGCAUCAGUCCUGCGCUCUUCGGUGAUGUCGGCAACUUCGCCCAGACGCGAGGUGGCCUCUCCACUACGUUUCCCACCGUCGCCACCGUCGCUGCCAACGUGCGACGCGGUGGAGCAGAUCGACACACGUCUGGGCAGAUUCUCCUCGGCCUCAAGAGCGGUCAUCGACUUCGACAUGAUGCUGGACCGACGCCCUCGGUUCUUGUCGCAGCGCCGCCGGAAGAGCUCGGAGAUGCCAAUCACCACAAACCCUGCGCCCACCGUGAGAAUUGA